AUGACAGUUGAUGAGAUGACCUUGACCCUGGAUGAUGUUGGCACUAUUCUUGGCCUUCCCAUUGUAGGCAAAUCAGUCAGCAUACCAGAUGUGACAGAUCAUCAUGGAGUUACAUUACUCGUUUAUGGCUUGGGGAUUACUGAACGUGCAGCAUAUGAAGAGGUUUCUUCUACUGAUGAACCGCGUGUCCAUGGAUGUACACUCUUCAGUGACAAAAGUGGUGGCAGGGUUCCCGUUGUUUACCUCGGCUUAUUGAUGGAUUUGGGAUCCAUACAUACUUAUGCCUGGGGUGCUGCUGCAUUAACAUUUUUAUAUCGACAGUUGGGGUUUGCUAGCCGGUCUGGGGUUAAGCAGAUGGGUGGUUAUAUGACUCUUUUGGAGGCGUGGAUUUAUGAGCACUUCCGAGCAUUCCGACCUCAUCAGAACAUGGGCUACAAUGAAGACAUGCCACACGUGUACCAUUGGGCAUCUAGGAGAGAGGCGGGUUCCUCCAUUGACCAUUUGAAAUCUUUUCGAGCCGAGCUUAACAGUUUAGUAGCUACUGAUGUUAUUUGGGAUCCAUACCACAGCUGCAGAGACCGGCAUCCAUGUAACCCGGUUACGUUCUACCAUGGAUGCUUAAAGUGCUUAGACGUUGUCGAACCCUAUCAUCCAGAUAGAGUUUUGAGGCAGUUUGGCAGGGUUCAAACCAUCCCAAAUGCACCGCUAGCUCCUAGUCGUGGUGCACGAUGCAACAUAUCUGCACGAUAUACCGUCAUGUACAGAUACUUGGAUAGGAUGUGGGAGGCUUGGGAUAACCACGUGUUGUCUGCGCAACGGAGGAGCACACCAGUUCGUCAGCCUUGGCAAUGUGUACCGGGUUACAUGGAUUGGUAUAAGAAUAUCACGCACCUAUAUGUCGAGCACACUGAUGAACCGCGUGUCCAUGACCAUCAGGAUUUCAGCGAACAUGCGGAUCGUAUUGCACAUGCACUGCAGAUUUCACAUCCUAUUAUUGACGCUGGUUAUCAGGAGGGGAUUCGCCAUCCUUAUCGACUUUACCAGGCUAUCGAGAGUAUGACACAUGUUCUUGAAGGUCAGCACAUUGACGAAGCUGGACCUAGUUCUGCUGGACCUAGUUCUAAUGGAAUGACAACAAUGGUAUUGUAA